AGACUUCCUAAAAUCAAAUAUAUUCCUCCCCACAAGAUUCUUUCUCUCUCUACAUGAUCGAUUGGACGGUGAUUACUUUUUUAAUGAUUUGCUUUUUUGAAUGAUGAGAUAUUAAAACAACCUCCAUUUCUCCUUCAUCGAUUGUCCUGCCAUAAUUUCUUGUAGGCAUUUGACAAGGGCCUCAAAUUCAAAACGGCAGCAAUCAUGAGUUCCAGAAUGUCUGGACCUAUUGCCGGUUUAGGAAAAACCGACAGUGAAUACUCUGAGGAGAAGAAGUAUAAGCUAUCCUUUAAGCAAAGAGCGAUAAAUGCCUCCAACAAAUUUAGGACUUCUUUUGGCAAGAAAAGCAGGAAAAAUGGGAAAGUCGUGUCUGUUGUUGAGCAUGUACAUGAUGCAGACGAAUUGAAAAUAGUUGAUGCUUUUCGUCAAGCUUUGAUCUUGGAAGAAUUAUUACCCAUAAAACAUGAUGAUUACCACAUGAUGUUAAGAUUUUUGAAGGCAAGGAAAUUUGAUAUUGAAAAGACUAAACAAAUGUGGGCUGAUAUGAUUAAAUGGAGGAAGGAUUAUGGUACAGACACAAUCAUGGAGGAUUUUGAUUUCCAGGAAAAAGAGGAUGUUUUUAAAUACUAUCCUCAAGGACACCACGGGGUUGAUAAGGAAGGAAGACCUAUUUAUAUUGAACAACUUGGUAGAGUCGAUGCUACCAAACUCAUGCAAGUCACAACACUCGAGCGUUAUGUUAAGUACCAUGUAAAAGAGUUUGAAAGGACGUUUAUUGAUAAAUUCCCAGCUUGCUCUAUCGCUGCCAAAAAGCACAUUGAUCAAAGCACCACCAUACUUGAUGUACAAGGAGUGGGACUGAAGAACAUGAACAAAAAUGCUAGGGAACUUAUCCAAUUUCUCCAGAACAUUGAUGGAAACAACUAUCCUGAGACUCUAUGUCGAAUGUACAUUGUCAAUGCGGGGACCGGGUUUAGGAUGUUGUGGAGCACCGUCAAAUCAUUCCUUGAUCCAAAGACUACUGCUAAGAUUCAUGUUUUGGGAAGCAAAUUCCAAAACCAGCUUCUGGAAAUGAUUGAUGCUAGUCAACUUCCAGAGUUCUUGGGCGGAACUUGUAACUGUGCUGAUAAAGGUGGUUGCAUGCGAUCAGACAAGGGCCCAUGGCAAGACCCGGAAAUCAUGAAGAUGGUCCAUAAUGGUCAACACAAAUGUUCAAAGAAUCAAAUCCCAGAAGAGAAGACAAUUUCUGAAGAUUGCCAAUCUGCAAACGCGAAAAGCUCUGCUUCCAACAAAGACCUUGAAUCUACCAAAAAGCAGGAGGACAUCAAGAAACCAAGUCUCAUUUCAUCGCAGGAAAAAGACUUGGUGAAGAAUCACCAACCAAGGGUAGAAAAGUCAAAUGACCACAUACCCAUAGUUGACAAAGCUAUGGAUGAUUCUAUUUAUUAUCCAAUCCAUGAUGCUCGCAAACCUAUCUCUCCUGAUGGAAUAGGAAACCACCUUUUUAGUGGCAUGAUGACAUUGGUGAUGGGAGUUAUGACCAUGGUCCGUAUGACAAACAACAUGCCCAAAAGGCUUACAAAUGCCACACUUUACUCUAUUGGCAUCCACGAUGAUGAUGAUGACAUGGUAAAAAAACAGCCAGGAUCUUACAAGCUGCAGCCACCUGUCGUCUCGGCUGCCGAGUUCCUUUCAGUGAUGAAGCGCGUGGGAGAAUUGGAGGAAAAAGUUAUCAUCCUUAACAACCAACCAAACCAAAUGCCCCCUGAGAAAGAGGAAAUCCUUAAUAAGGCUUUGUCACGCGUUGAAGCUUUGGAAAUUGAACUUGUUGCUACCCGAAAGUCUUUGGAGGAAUCACUUUGUCAACAACGAGAGGUUAUGGCGUACCUUGAGAAGAAGAAAAAAAAGAAGAGGUUUUUCCGGUUCUGAAGUAUGAGUAUUGUGAUGUGAAACGAUCAUAGGAAGGGAAGGAAUGUGAGAACCCUGUGCUGUUGUUGAUUUUGAGCCCAUGUUUAUCUAUGAAGGUUUGUUUUGUUGCGAUUUGGAAGGUUGUGUAUAAGUAUUUAUUUAUUGACAUUGUUUGGAAUUCUUUAUACAUUGUUUGUAUCUACGGGAUAAAGUUUGAGAGUGGGAGGCCAAAUGAUGGUGCUUCUCGUCUUAAGCUUUAGGUGUGUUUCGUCUUAUGAACCUAUGAAAUAUUACAUGAAUCUUGAUAUGUCUUGUAUUA